UCUUAAUCAAAUCCUGGCUAACGCAUGCCCUGUAGGCGGGACUCUUCAAAACUCAGGAAAACUCCCGGCUAUAGUAGGCCUUCGAAAAGGAAUUAGCCGUGACAAGUGUAUAUAAAAAACGUGCACCCUUCACCGCCGCCCUAUAGACGGCCUGCAGUAUUAGUGGCGCGUCGGUGCGGGCCGCGUAAUUGAGAAUCCUGGCUACAGCUCAGCGAAUGCUCCCGCGUGUUAUAACUUGUCGGCGCAAGGGUCGGUGUAUACGCAUGCGCCGACAGCGUCAGCCGCAAAGGCGAGCAAUGCUGCGAGGAGGUAUACGCAUGGAGCUAACUGCGAACUCUCUCUUGCGUGCGUGAGAGAGAAUAGGGGCCGCUACGCUCUCCGUUGCACUCCGCUUCUGCUGUUUUUGCGCAGAGAAAAGAAAGGAAGGAGCUAAAAACGAGAGUUCGAAGAUAUUGUGCGACGGGAAGGGGGUUGCAUUCUUGGCGCGACAUGGGUUAAUUCUAGCGCAUUCCACGACAGCGACGGAUGUUUGAUGGGUUGGUGUGGUUUGUUGAGCGUGCCGCGUGAGCCGGUACUCGGCCGCCAUGGAAAAGUUCUCUUAUCUCAAUAUUAAGGGAGUGUUGCGAGGACAUAGCGACAUCCCCUUGGACGUGCAAUGGCUGCACGCAAGCUGUUGACGCAGGAUUACACGACGCUUUCGCGCCAUUUCUGUCUAGCUGGUGCGCACACUGCGGACACAACCCGGCGCAUCAUACCUGCCUGGGUGACAAAACCUUCUGACACAAGAGCCAGGCGCAAUUUUAUCGAGCAACUGGCCAGGAGCUCACACCUUGCAGGGUCUCCAGCAGCAGCAGCAGCAGCAGCAGCAGCAGCAGCAGCAGCAGCAGCAGCAGCAGCAGCAGCAGCAGCAGCAGCAGCAGCAGCAGCAGCAACACCGGCCGUGGUGUUGUUUACAAUGCCGUAACUGAGCAUACGAUCUUUCUUUGUGUUUUUUAUUCAUUUUCUUUUUCUGUGUGUGUGUUUCACUCCCAUCUAAAUAUCGCAGCCGAGCAUUGACCCGCGGCAGCGAAUUAAUUUUUAAUCAUGCAUUGGCUCCUACCAUUCAAAUAUUUGCCGUAACCGGCAUUCCCCUGGUAUUAAAGUAAAUUCGUUUGCAAUAUUGUGCAAUAGUGUGCAACCAAGUUUCAAGCCAAGUUUACCUGCCACUUUAUUUACUUAACGAAUGAAUCGUGAGUCUAUUGUUAUACUGCUUUCCUUGUACGUGAUUCUCAUCAAAUUGCGGCUGUGCUGUGGUUUUGACUUGCAGCCGACAUUCGAAACAGAGCUUCACUUUUAAGAAAAACUGGAAGUUUCAUGGAGAAGUUCAACAAGGUCAAAGUCAUACUCGGUCAGAUGUGCAAUGCCCGCAUGUAUUUCGUGGAUAUCGAUGGGUAUAUCUGAGGAAAUCAUGCUACGCUUUCUCUCAUACCUGUAGUAAGAUUAUGGUUAAAACACUAUUAGAAAGCUUCAUUAGCAGCUUCUGAAAACACUUUCAUAUUUCUAACUUCUGCGACGCUGUCUACACAAAAGUUGACAAGGUGUAUAAUAGAUUGAAAACGUCCGUUUACUAGGUACACGUUUUUGUGUGAUGGGCGAAAACACCAGGUGAUCUAAGAACAUAACGUCGCAUGUGUCCUCUGCUUUUCUUUUUUUUCCGUCAGGAUGACAUGCCAGCAGCCCGCCCAUCACCUGACCGCUGAAUUUCGAGGGAGUACGACAACAAGGCGUUCUACUGCGAUCAAGUGCAAGAGAAUGUGAAACCUUCGGUUGGCACACUUCUAGAGAAAGCCCUUAUUUGGUGCUUGACGAUGUACUAUGUUAAGGACCUCACAUAGCCAAAUGGGUAUGCUCAAUACUUCGUCUUGUGCAGAGUAUUAUGAACCCGGUUGUUCCCCAGGUGUUUUGCCGGCGGGAAGCUGCUGAAGACACAUUGAAAAGAUGAAAGGUAUUUGUUAAGCACCAAAAUAUACUUGUCCAAAAAAAAAAAAAAACAUCGGAUGACACGUUUAUCGUUUCCUUCAGCGCUGAGCAUUUCUUUUAGCGCUGUUUGAAUUUUUUUACAAUAAAUAAUUAU